AUGGUAGACCGGGUGACAAAGCCAGUGACGGUGCUCUGGGAGAGCAAGGGACCACCCGGUUCACCAGGUAAGCCAGGAAAAGACGGUAAACCUGGAAAAAGGGGUAGCGCAGGAAAACCAGGUCCUCCAGCCGCGUCUGGCAAGGAUGGUCAGCCAGGAACUGAUGGACUGCCAGGUUUACCUGGCAACGAUGGUAUUCCAGCUGAUGAAGGUUCACACGGUACUGAGGGUACACACGGUAACGAUCUAUUAGAUGGAGCCCCGGGUAAACCGGGUAAUGCCGGAGCCCCAGGAGCCAAAGGAACUCCGGGGCCGAAAGGAGCCGCUGGUCAAGCUGGUCCAGCGGGUAACGAUGGUUUGCCAGGAUCCGAUGGCGCACCAGGUCAACCCGGAGCCGAUGGAAACCCCGGAACCAGCUUCUCAGCACCUGGUCCUCCAGGCGAUGCCGGAGCACCUGGAAGAGAUGCCCAACCUGGUCGACCAGGCUCGGAUGGUAAUAAAGGUAGGGAUGCUUUCCCGGGACGAGACGGAAACCCCGGACCCGACGGGAAUUCGGGACCUCCCGGACCCCCAGGUUUAGAUGGUAAAGCUGGAAGCCCUGGCAAGGACGGUUUCAGAGGGAAAGAUGGUGGUGCCGCUAAACCUGGACCUGAUGGAAAACCCGGAAACCCAGGACAAAAGGGAUUUCCUGGAUUACCCGGUCUUGAUGGAUCAAAUGGAAAUUCUGGUAAUCCCGGUCAAGACGGACAACCUGGCCGAGAUGGUUUCCCGGGGCAAGAUGGAAGACCUGGCGAGGACGGACAACGAGGCAAGGACGGUGAAGCUGGUCGCAAUGGCAAAGACGGUGCCCCAGGAGGAAAGGGAAACGAUGCAAAACCCGGUGCUGCGGGUAAACCGGGAUUCGAUGGAAAACCUGGUGAAGCAGGAAGGCAAGGAUCUUCCGGUUUAGCUGGGGAGCCAGGCAGCCCUGGGGCGGACGGCAGACCCGGAUCAAAGGGACCAGAUGGACCCCAAGGAGGCAAGGGCGAGAUAGGAGCUUCAGGUGAGCCUGGCCGAGAUGGUAGGUCAGGAAACGAAGGGAGAUCAGGUGCCGACGGGCAGAUAGGAGGGCCUGGAUCAAGGGGUCAACCUGGAACUCCUGGGAAUCCCGGAAACGAUGGAGAAAAAGGACCAACCGGUGAGGCAGGAAGAGAUGGCGAAUCCGGUUCACCUGGAAGCAGCGGAAGAGACGGUCCUACUGGGUUACCCGGUUCCCCUGGAUCUUGCAAGACCCAGUGCCAAGCAGAUGCUCGAAUCAUGUCUCUAUGUGGCGGUUCUUAUUAUAUUCAUUGGGGCAGUAAAACCUGCUCGGACUCUAAUACGCGUGCGCAAAUUCUUUACACUGGAUAUAUUGCCGGUGGACAUUACUCCGACGAAUUCCCUGGAGGCGGUCACAAUUAUUUGUGCAUGCCAGAAAAUCCUGAACUUAGAGGAUUUAUACCCGGAUUUUCGGGGCCCGACAACCUACCGCUAGCUGGAAUAUACGGAGCGGAAUAUAGAGUGCACAGCAAGUCCAGCCCCUUCUCUACACCCCCCGGAGCUUUGCAGGGACAGCAAGCGGUAUGCGCCAUAUGUUACACUUUCCAUAUGUGCUCCCAUGUCAUGAUCCCCGGACAAAAGGAUUGUCCUAAAACCAUGGUUAAGGAGUACUCCGGGUAUCUGAUGUCCCUGAGCAAUAGAUACUCUCGAUCGCAGUACAUAUGCGUAGAUCGAACUCCCGAAUCUAGCUACGACGGAAGAAAACGAGAGGGUGAUCUCAACGGAAGUGCCCUGCACGUCGUUGAAGUCAAAUGCGGAGCCCUCCCAUGUUCGGCCUAUCCGGAUGGUCGAGAAAUCGCUUGCGUUGUCUGCGGAAAAUAA